AUGGCGGCAUAUUUCUUCGCAUCACCAGUUGAUGUCGACAUCAAGCUCGAGGCAGAGGAUGACCGCAAGAAGGUCGACCUCAAGCUCGAGAAGGAGUCUAGUGUCUCAUGCCCGGUCUAUUAUGAUGGAGACGCUGUUGCUGGCCAGGUUACAGUGCGAGUCCGAGAUGGGAAGAAGCUCGCGCAUGAGGGUAUAAAGGUGGAGUUUAUUGGAAGUAUCGAGUUAUUUUAUGACCGGGGACACCAUCAUGAAUUCCUGUCGUUGUCACAAGAACUGGCCGCGCCAGGAGAUAUGCGUGCUGCACAGACAUUUGAUUUCCUCUUCAAGAACGUGGAGAAGCAAUACGAAAGCUACCAGGGCAUCAACGUCAAACUCCGGUAUUUCAUCCGAGUAACUAUCUCUCGAAGAAUAGCCGACGUUACGAAGGAGAGAGAGCUUUAUGUCCACUCGUUCCGCAUGCCUCCAGAUAGCAACAAUUCCAUCAAGAUGGAAGUCGGUAUUGAGGACUGUCUGCACAUCGAGUUUGAGUACAAUAAAUCAAAGUACCAUCUGAAAGACGUUAUUGUCGGCAAGAUCUACUUUCUCCUUGUCCGAAUAAAGAUCAAACAUAUGGAACUUUCUAUCAUUCGCCGAGAAACAACGGGCGCCCCACCGAACCAGUAUAAUGAGAGCGAGACCAUUACCAAAUUUGAGAUUAUGGACGGCGCACCAGUCCGAGGCGAGACAAUACCUAUUCGUCUAUUCCUUGGCGGCUUCGAGUUGACACCAACAUUCCGGGAGGUGAACAAGAAGUUUAGCGUGAGAUACUACCUUAACCUCGUUUUAAUCGACGAAGAGAAUCGGCGAUACUUCAAACAACAGGAAAUCACUAUAUUCCGGAUCCCAGAGGUGAGCCGAUGA